AGAUUUUUGGAGGGAAAACAAAAAGGAAUCCCCAAUUUUCGCCGGGGAAAUGGCUAGACGACGGCUGAGACUCCAACACUACUCCGACGACGACGAAGUAGAAGAAGGAGAAGAUGAAACUGGAGCAAGCGGACUCGGCGAUUCCGCUCAGAGCGUUAGUCGUGCGCCUUCUAUUCAACCGGAGAGCUCAUCAGCCUCCACUUUCAACCCUAAUCCCGACGAGCCAAUCACCGCACCGGAAGUUGAGACUAUCGACGUCUCCGGUGAUCACACUCCCACACCGCCGGAUUCUAGUAUUCCGGUUGAUCCGUCGGAGAUAGAAGUCGAGAACUACGACUCGCCGAUCGCUGAGGCUCUGGUGCGAAUGGGGAUUAAGCUCAAGACGGAGUGGUGGCUCUCUUGUCUCUCUCGCCUCGAAGUCUCUGUCCCAGAGUUCUCCCGCCUCGAAGUUGCCGCGAAAGCUAAGCAUUGUUUCGAGCAGUUUCUGUUCUGCGAUAUGAACCUAUGCGGAGGUGGAGGUGGGGUUCUUCCUCGGAACGUUGCGUCUAUGGUUCUUGAGGAACUCGCUGGUCCGUUUGUUCUGCAGGUUGAUGAGAUUGUGAACAUUGGGUGCUCACUCAAAGGGAGAUAUGAAAACGCUAAUGCAGGGCUUAAGAGGUGUUUGAAGCUGUCCAUGACAGAUGGUGUUCAGCGUGUUUUUGGUAUGGAGUACAGACCUAUUAAAGAUCUGCAAGUCUUGGCUCCUGCUGGUUUAAAGAUUGUUGUGUCUAGCGUACAAGUUAGACAUGGGCUUUUAAUGCUAGUACCUGAGACUAUACAAGUUUUAGGAGGGAUGGUUGAAGAAUUGGAAGAGGCACGGAAGCGUCUUGUUAUUGAAGUGAACAAACCUCCAAGAGGAAUAAGAACAAGGAACCGAGGUGUUGCUUCAUUGGCAACCAGAGCCAGUGUAGCUGCGUGGUCGCUUAAUGAAAAUGAUUCUGGUAAUCAAGUAAACAGUUCUACCUCGGGAGAUGCUAGUCACGUUCAGGCCAAUGCUCAAGGCAAUUCAGUGAAUGUAACGAGAACUCAUACCCGUCCACGGACGAUGACUAGUCCUCCUGCUUCCGUCAAUGUGGAAGCUACUGUUUCGAGGGUUGAGCAUAUGCAGAUUGAUACUGCUGCUACCCACGGGGAAAGAACAUUCUCUGGUUUGCACUCGACUUCUAGUAACAUUCACAUGACAGCAUCCACACCUCGUACUAGCUGUAGUGGUACAAGACCUCUUUACAACAACGGCUCCGAAAACACCUUGGAUCAACAAACAUCUAACGUGACUUCAUUCGUCGAAGAAAUGCAUAUCGACAACGGUAAUGCGAGAGAUACAACGAGUCCUGUAUAUGGUUCAGGUUUAGGCGCUGUAGCUGAUGAUGAAUUCAGUAACAUGGUUGUCGAUUUGGAGACCCCCUCUGUGUUGUCUACAAAUCCGGAGACGCCUUUCACUUACUUGGCCGAGAUGGAUCAAAAGUGGGCAUUAACGAAAGAUACCAUGCAUUUUAUGCAAGGAAGGAUUAAGUGCUUUCUAACCGGAGUGAAGAAAUUCCAGUUCAAGCAACAGUCUACUUUUGAGCUUAUAUGUUACGUCGAUGAUGGUAGUCUCAUCUGCGAGGUCUUACUCCAUAACGACGUUGUACAAAGAAAGAUAGGUCAUUCAUCCAUGGAGGUCACAGCUGCGCUUUCCUCUUCAGCACCAACAAAAGAAAAUGCCAUGAUGAAGGAAAAACUAAAAGGCUUCCAGUUGUUUCUAGCUGACUUUGAGGGAGUGAUGGUGGUAGAAAUGAACAAGACGUCGCAGUAUCCAGUAGCCAUUGAGAUGAAUCAGGGAUGUUCAUCAACCGAUGCUCGGUUACUCUUUGAAAGAAUCAAAUCUUCUGCAACAGCUCCUCGAGUUGUUGUCUUAUCCCCUUGAUCAAGUAGUCAAACUAAAGCUUGUGAAACAGUGAGGUGUUUUAGUAACUUGACCUCAUUAACCGAUUCGAAAAAACCGGGUAAUUUAAGUUUUGGUAGCUAAUUUAACCGGCUGUUAUAGCUUAGUACGAAGUACAGUACUAUUUUCUGUUCUUUUAACCUAUAAGUUUAUUUUUGUCAUGUUUGGAUAAAAGCACAGUGUAAUGUUAUUUGGUAGUUUCUCUUUAAUAAUGAUAUACAACACAAUCCUCUCAAUCAGA